GUCGGAUGUGCUCUCUGUCACUCGGUACAGGUGGACAAUUCAGUCAGUCAGGGGCAGACGGCUCUCCCGGAACUCUACAGCCACAACGGCUCUGAUUCUUUCAACAUCGGGGUUCGGUCCAAUAUGGCGGCUUACGGAUGGAAAUACUGAUGACAGUCCGAAAGAUCGCCUCGAUUUGUACGAUGGGCGCCAAUGCCUCCGCCUUGGAAAAGGAGAUUGGACCGGAACAGUUUCCCGUAAAUGAACACUACUUUGGAUUGGUCAAUUUUGGCAACACCUGCUACUGUAACUCAGUGCUGCAGGCUCUGUACUUCUGUCGACCGUUCAGGGAGAAGGUGCUGGCGUACAAGGUGCAGCCUCGUAGGAAGGAGUCCCUCCUCACCUGUCUGGCGGACCUUUUCAACAGCAUCGCCACACAGAAGAAGAAAGUCGGCGUCAUCCCUCCCAAGAAGUUCAUCUCCCGGCUGAGAAAAGAAAAUGAGCUGUUUGACAACUACAUGCAGCAGGACGCCCACGAAUUCCUCAACUACCUCCUCAACACCAUUGCAGACCUGCUCCAGGAGGAGAAGAGUCAGGAGCGACAGCAGAACGGAAAACUGGUCCAGAACGGAGGAGGAGGAGGAGGAGGAGGAGGAGGGAGUGAUGGAGGAGGAGGAGGAGGAGAAGGGGAAAGUGGAAAGGAGACGCAGCAGACUUGGGUCCACGAGAUCUUUCAAGGAACGCUGACCAACGAGACGCGCUGCCUCAACUGUGAAGCUGUGAGCAGUAAAGACGAGGACUUCCUGGAUCUGUCAGUGGACGUGGAGCAGAACACGUCGAUCACACACUGUCUCAGGGGCUUCAGCAACACCGAGACGUUAUGUAGUGAAUACAAGUACUACUGUGAGCAAUGUCGCAGCAAACAAGAAGCCCAGAAAAGGAUGAGGGUAAAGAAGCUGCCGAUGAUCCUCGCCCUCCACCUGAAGCGCUUUAAAUACAUGGACCAGCUACACCGCUACACCAAACUGUCCUAUCGCGUCGUCUUCCCCCUGGAGCUCCGCCUCUUCAACACGUCUGGGGACGCCACCAACCCCGACCGCAUGUACGACCUGGUGGCCGUCGUUGUACACUGUGGCAGUGGUCCAAACCGUGGACACUACAUUACCAUCGUCAAGAGCCACGGCUUCUGGCUGCUGUUCGAUGACGACAUCGUAGAGAAAAUUGAUGCGCAGGCGAUCGAGGAAUUCUACGGUCUGACAUCGGACAUUUCCAAGAACUCUGAAUCAGGAUACAUCCUGUUCUACCAGUCCAGAGACUGAAACAGCCAGCGGUAAACCCCCAACAGACUGUCACUCAACAGAGGGGGAGGGGCUUAAGGCAGCCACAGGCUCUGCCCAGUACGCUCACAUAAGUAUCCAGGCUUUAUUCCCGGCGGGCGGAGCUUUGCACUGGAGCGCCACUCGGAUCGGUUGAGACGUGUGCAGGUCGCAUGCCAGCCUCCUGGAUUAGGACCGUUCACCUCCUCUGAGUCCACACUGCAACAAGCACCUUAAAGUAGGAAAACAAACCCGUGACACUCGCUUUGCACUGUGGCAUCAGCUGGGACGACUGCCAAUCCACGAGGCUGACAUCGCCGUGUGCACAGCGUCCAUUCUGGAGGUAACGGGACUGUCUGCAGAGCAACCAAUCAGCUGGAUGAGACGCAAAAACACGUCAGGCCUUGUUGUCAUGGUUACCAUUGGUAUCAUCACCUCAAAGUCUUCUUUAGCAUUUUUUUUCUUUGUGUGCAUAUUAUACCGUGCUAAGUUAGCUUCCCACAGCAGCAGUAAAGCUUUUCACGGCUUUACACUUAUGAAUCAAUAAAACUCCGACAGAGAAGCUAACAUCUGAAUGCAUUGUUAGAAAUCACAGCAACACCACUGACACUACCUUUAGCGAUUAACAGCUUGAACGUGUCCUCAGCGCGACGAUGCUAGUUUGCAGUGUUUGAAUCUUGAAGCGGUGUUAGCAUUUAGUGUUUGCGGCAGAGCGUGAAACGAAAACUAGCCGCCAGAGAGGUGUUGAUCAACCUGGGCUUUUUAGUUUCACUUAAAAAAUUACAGUAAUUUAUCUUUAUUUUGAAUAUUAAAGAAAAACAAUUGACCAAAAAAUACAAAUUGCAGUAUCUAUAAUUUAACUUUUAAGUGUUUAAUCAGCAGCUAAUUUGUGAUUUUUGUUUUCCCUUCUGUUGGAGAUAUUUUAAGAGCAUGUUUAACUAUAAUCAGCAGAGAGCAGCAACUUAUUUUUUUGGCAAAAACCGUUUUUUAUGAGGCUAAUGUGGUUGGUGAGGGAGUUGGUUUUAAAGUUAGCGGUGUGCCAUUUCGUUUGGUGCCACUCAACAAGAGAAGAUACCGAAUAAAGAGCAAAAAAUAUUUCAACAGCAUAAGCUAACGAUUGUCUUUAACAAUGAGUGUCCUCUGCAGUUUGCUUUUAAAAUGCCAGAAAACGCACAUUUUUAAUUUUUUUUUGUAAAAGGGAAACACUUUCCUUGAAGUCACUUCUGACAUCUGAACUGUCGCACUACAUUCAGGCUAAAUGUUUGUUUGGCUGCAGCUGCUUCACUUCAUCUCGUAAUUUCAGCCACUUUGGCAAAUUUCGACUCCGGCUCGAGUGUUUUUCAUGCAGCUGCAGCUCUGGCAGGGGCUCAGAUCUUUUACAUAACAUGUUUUUCACUCCAGAUUCAUAAUUUGCAGCCCUGAGUGAUGCUAACGGUCUGCUGAUGUGGAGCUCACGGUAUAUUUAAUGCAGUAAGACUGUUUAAAAUGACUUCCUGUCCUCAGUGUCUCUCAAAAUGUCAUUUAGCACCAAUAUUCAAGGCUCCUGAUGUAAUAGCAGAGUACUACAUUGGUAAUUAACUGGCAAAUAUAAAUGUAGAGCUUCUCCAAUGUGAGAAUGUGCAAUUUUUAAGUUUUGCACGUCAUUGAAAAUGAAAAUAUUUGGAUUUUCUUUAGACAAAUCAGCCGUUAGAAGUUUUCCUCAGUAGCAGAGGUCAAAACUGUAUAGACUGGACUUUUUUUUUUUAUAAUGUAAUAUUAUUAUAUAGUCUGUACAUUGUUCAGAAUUGAAUUAGUUAAUUCUCCAGUGCAGCUGCAACACCAAAAAUUGCAGCUUCUUUGGAUUGUUUGGUGAAAAACCAUCUUCAAAUUGCUCAUUUCGCCUACCCAGCAAGAAAAAUCUAACUUUAGAAAGUAAAAAGUCAGAAGCCGUUCCAAUAUUUUUGCUCAAUAAACACCUUAAAAGAUAAAUUAAUUUAAAAAUAAUUGUCGAUUAAUUUUUAGGAACUUACCAGCUAAUUGACCAUUUGUUUGAGCUUUGCGCUCCAAGUUAUUGUGAUAAUAGUUGCAUCUUUUUAGUGCUUCCUCUAUUAUGAUGAAGACCAAAUAUUUAAAAUAUCAUUUUACAGCUUUAAGUAAUGCUGAGACACAGGAGCCAUUUUAAAGCCUUAAAGUCGAGCCUGCUGAUCGCCAACGACCUCCUUUGUUCCUGUUCUUUUCAUUUUUGUUAAAGCGCACAAAUGAACCAAAUGUAGGUUUUUAGUUUUGUUUUGUAUUUUUACACUGCCAAGCUCGUUAAGCUCCACCCAGCCGUGCUGUCUCAGAUUAACAAGCGAGCUCACCCUGAGCAGACUCCAGUAUUACCUGAACGUUAAACUGUACAGUAGAACGAGAACAGGGCUGCUGCUGCUUCGCCUGGAACACACUGUGUGGACGUCAGGUUCAUCUCCACAGUCGCUCUCCCUCCUGUCCAAACAGAAAAGCACUUUUUAAACAUGAAUUUGCCGCAAAGUUCUUCAUUUGUUUUGAAGGAUUUUACCCAGACGCCCAAAAAUGAGAAGCAUCAGAGGGGUUCUCAGCCGUUGUUUCGGAUGAGGUUGGGUUUGCUGACGGUUUUCACACUUUAAAAAAGCUACAGGGACGUCAAAAAUGUAUGAAUCAGUCAGACAGGAAGUUGUACUGUUGAGUCAAACCAGCACAGCUAAUAGCUAUUAGCUCUGUUGGAGGGAAAAAGUCUAAAAGUUGCCUUAAAUGUAGCCUUAGUUCAGGAUACUCGCUCUCCACUACACUUGGAUGUCUAGUUACAUUUCUGUAAAAUUCAUUAUAGGAAAAAUUUUCAUCAUAAAGAAGCAAAUAAACAAAAAAUAACUGACCAAGAAGAGUCUGUAGUCUCUGUUGUUAACAUGUUAGCUGAUAUCUGUGCUGCCAGAAUGUGUUUUAUUGCACAUUUCGGAGUGUUGCUUUAGAAAAAGUUGAUCAAAUCCAGAAUCAGAAAAAACUUUAGCAACAGCCUGAAACGAGCCUUAAAGCAGACUAAACAAGACUGAGUCCAAAACUGGUCAAAAACAGUUUUAAGUCAGCCCAAAAGCUACUUUAAACCUGCAUGCACAUCAAUAAAAUUUGGCCAAAAAGUUUUUAAGGUACUUUUUUAAAGAGCAAAUUAGCUUCACGGGCGAUAAACCAAGCUAGCGUUUGUUUCUUAUUGCAACUAUUAAGUCUCCAUUUUGCUCUCAUGAUUAACCAAAGUUUAGGUUUAAAGUUUAUUAGCAGUUGACAAACAGCUGCUUUUGUUUCAGGUUCUUCUGCUACUGUGUUUAUUCCAGCUGUGUGGCCUACAGCGCCACCUUCUGACAGCCCCCAAAGCUGCUAGAAACAACCUAAUUAGCAUUUUCUUUGGUAUUUUCCUCUUUGCUUCUCUACACGAGGCUGAAACACCGUCAGCAAACCGAGCAGCAUCUAAAUUAAUUCUGUCCGACUUUUAACUUCACUAAGCGUUCUGUAUUUUCAGUUUUAAAUGAGUGCGAGCGACUAGGGGUGAUGCUUCCUGAACACUCCCUCUGUUCAUCCACUGGGUCGAAGCUUCAACACUAUUUCACGUCCAUGCUGCUCUUUAACCAAUGUAAACAUCAGCGUUAAAGGAACGCUUUGAGGGUCGUUCCACUUUGUUUUCCUCCAACUUCUGGACGUCACAAAGAGUAUGACUUGAAAAAAAUAAAACAAAAUGGCACCGACAAAAUCUGUGGACGAGACUCUUCAUACAAACCAAAUGAUGUUUACAUUUUAAGCUUUUUUUUCCAAUACUCCAAGUAGAAAUGAGCACAAAUAAGCACAAACACAUUAUUUGGGAGAUUAGAAGUCCAUAGAUUGAGUUGGGAGCCACUAAUGAAUCUGUCAAGUGUUGGAACUCCAUGAAACAAGGCUCUUUUUUUAUUUAAAUCCUAUUAAUAAUAUUAUUAUUAUUAUGAAUGUUCAUGUUAACUUUUUUCUUAGAUGUUUCACUUUUGUUUUUAUAAUUAACUAAUGUUACUGCUCUACCAUUUGUGUGUAGACGGCUCUGACGUUUGAGAAUUUAAUUUGGGAGGAUGUGCUGAGAGAUGUGUACAUAAAUACAGAUGUUAUUAUUGGAAUAUAAAUAAUCGCUUGCUUGAAAUAAUCAGCAGACCUAGAAAAAUCUAAAAUGUUGGCGGACGUUUUUCGUCUCAAACGUACCUUCAUUCUGGCGGUGAAUCGGCCCCCGCACAUCUGCUGUCCGAAACAAGCGGACCUAAAGUUGGAUCGUAUUUAAUCCUAAUUUAAUCCGACUGACACUGAAACACAUUAAGACACUUUGAGGAAAACUAGACCUGAAGAAACUGCUGUGCAGAGAGAAGCUGUGACCACUGAGUUGAAGCAAAAAUCCACUUUAAAGAACACAUAGGUGUUUCUGAUUUCGUCCCUCGGCCUGUUUCUACUAUUUUGUCAGGGAAGUCACACUAGAGCUAGAAAAUUAGUAAUUAAAUGAGUCAUUUUAAAAGAAAAAACAGCUAAAGUUUGUGAUUCUGUCUCCAUAAACGUGAGUAUUUUCUGGUUUCUUUCGUUGUCUAUGACAAUAAACUGAAAAUUAAGGACAAAACAAGACAUUUAAAGGCUUGAUCUCGUGACCGAUUUACAUUUUUUACUUAUUGUACUUGUUUAUAGACCAAACAACUAAGCUAUUAAUUGGGGAAAAUAUUCAGUAGAUUCAUCAGUAAUUAAAAUAAUUGUUGGUAGCCACUUUAGGUUGCAUUUCGACUGAAAUUCUACAAUGUACAAGGAUGAAAUUAAAGUAUAAAAAAAACCCAAUAACUGACCAAGUCAUUUGAGAACAAUUCAUUUAUAAAAACAACUUUCCUCAGAUGCACAGGCAAAGCUACAGCAAAUGAAACUCUAAAAAUGGUUGUAUUUAUCUAAUUGAGGUCCUGUUUAUUCCUAUAUUGGCUGUUUUUCUGAUGUAAAAUCAAUCUUGAGCUUCAAUUUUAUAUCAAAAAAGUGCCACAAGCAGGAAUCUAGGAUGGAUUUUAAAACUAUAACUGGAAAAGACAAAUUUUUACACCUUAAACGACCAUCUGAUUUUAUUGCAGCUACAUGUUCUUAUCUAAUAACUAAUUUAGACCAGAUACAUCCAGCCAAUGGUUAAAAAAACACCCUGCAAAUCAAAGUCUGUUCUCCUCAUGGGAAAUGUAGGAAAUUGAUUGCCAAAUGGCUUCAUUUCUUCAUUGAAGUCCAGAGGGCAUAGGUUCCUAUAUUGGCUGUUUUUCUGAUGUAAAAUCAAUCUUGAGCUUCAAUUUUAUAUCAAAAAAGUACCACAGGCAGAAAUCUAGAAUGGAUUUUAAAUCUAUAACUGGAAAAGAUGAGAAGAGACGAGCGUUUACACCUCAAACUUCCAUUUUAUCUGAUUUUAUUCCAGCAAAAUGUUCAUAUCCAAUAACUAAUUAGGAUCAAAUACAUCCGUGAAUGGUAAAAAAAACUGCAAAUUCAAGCGUGUUCUCUUGCAUUUUUUGAAAAGCCUCAUGGAAAUUGACUCCCUGAAGUCGAUAAAUUGUGUUAAAUCAGAAGCACCAAUGUGUGCAUGUGGAUUUUUUCUUCAACAGUCGUCCCUUCAGAGCUUCAGUCAUCACAUCACUCCCCCUUUUUCAGACUCGCACAGAUUGUAAAUGUCUCGAACACAAAAUGUGACUGAAUGUGUCAUUAACUCAUCGACACGUUGCAGCAGCGACACUCCAGCAGCAGCAAACACUGAAUUUAAACAGAAUCUUGCAAAGUUGCGACUCUGAAUUUAAAGAUUUUGCACCAAUUUGCAGAUUAAACUCUGUCGUGGGGAUCAGAAAUACGUGUUUAAAUUCAUAUUCGGCUGGGGGAACAGAAGUUCUGCUCUUUCUUUGGCCUGGUUUCUUUCCUCGGUUUUUGCGGCUGACUUUAACCAGGCAGAAACUGCAUGAAGCUGCAGAUUCUGAGGAAACAAACCGACCCGAACCAGGAGAAAUGUGUGCGUUUGUGUCGCUGCUGCUGCCGUCUGAGGUUCAUUCAUGGAGAUGCAGUGAAGUUUAAGAAUGACGGCUGGUUCUGAUGGUGUCCAAACUGUUUGGAAAUAAACACAAACUGGUUUUGAUGGAA